AUUCAAGUACCAACAGUGACCGAAAAAACUCCCUAACCCUAACCUCGAAAGUUAUGUCAUCGAUAAUAAAUGGUUUUAUUGUUUUUUCUUUGACUGCAACAUUACUUUAUUUCAUCGGUUUGUUGGCUUUUAUCAACGAUCAUGAAGAAAAUAAGUGUGACAUGACGUACAUGUUCGAAUACCCCCAAUUCGUGCGAAUAUCGAACAAAAUCGACGAUAAAUACCCGAAAUAUGGACUCUACGCUUACAGUGAAGGUCGACUUACUGAAAAAACCCGAAAUAUGUUUUUCGAUGGCAUCCCUGUAUUAUUUAUACCGGGUAAUGCCGGGUCACACCGUCAAGGACGCUCUCUAGCAUCGGUGGCCCUCCGCAAGGCUUUAAAUUCGCGCACACCGUUUCAUUUUGACUACUUUUUGAUCGAUUUAAAUAAAGAGUUAAGUGGACUAAAUGGGGCACUUCUGGUCGAUCAACUCGAAUAUGUCAACAAUUCGAUCUAUACUGUGCUUAAUUUAUACAAAAAACCGGCGAAAUCAGUGGUCCUAGUUGGCCAUUCUAUGGGUGGUAUAAUUGCCAAACGUUUAGGGGAAAAUUCCGACUUGGUACCAAUCGUACUUGGCUUAGCUGCACCCUAUAGACGGCCUCCCAUGCAAAUGGACUCAUUUUCGUACAACUUUUACAAAAAUAUUGACACUAGAAACAGUUCUACCACUUUUGUAAGCAUCACAGGGGGUUAUAAUGAUUUUCUAGUGCCUUCGUUUCUCACCAAACUUGACGGUAGUAUCAAUGUCGUGAGUACACAAAUCCCACGGUCGUGGCUACCAGCCGACCAUGUUUGCAUCCUUUGGUGCAAACAAUUGAUUUUGGCUAUAAACAGAGCUCUCUUUGAUUCAGUCGAUCCAAAAACAAAACAAAUAUCAAACGAUCAAAAUCUACGUUAUAGGGUUUUUCACCAUCAUUUGAUUCACCAUAGCGGUAUUAAUAUACGACUUUUGGAUAGUUAUAGUCUUAGUCCGAAUAUUAAAAAUCAGGGGGAGUGGAUUGAGCCUUUAGGGCGCCAAUACUCAAUUCAUGUCCCUCGACUGUCAAGCAGCCCCCAUUUCUACAUGGUCAGGCUUUUAAAUCAACCCCAACACCAAAGUCUAACGGUGGUAGCCCUGAAUUUGGAAACGGUAGAUUGGGCUUUCGUGUGUGGGGCCCAUAUACCAAGGGGGAAUUUCCGAGUUUGCGAAGAGUUCACACAUUUGACACAUCUGUCAGAAAUUUCACCAUCAAGCAACUAUAAAAGACGUUCACUCACUGUCAAUAUGCACGAAUUGAUGAAAAACAAUACAGUGUGGACACAUGUCAUCCUACGAGUGUUACCAACCGACGAACAAGUAAUUUUAAACGUCGAUGUUUACAACACUGAUGAGAGAAAAACCCUAGUUCAUUUACCCAAACUGCUGUCAUUUAAACGUCAAAUAAUAAUCGAGGAAACUCAAGACAAAGCAAUCCACUAUGAGUUGGUAGUACCGAAUUUGGAUCAUUUGAUACAGUCGUACCAACUUUACGUCGAACCGAUUCAAUGUGUCAAUCAAUUUAAACACGCCACGGCUAGCUUGAUUGUACCAUGGGAACACCAAAACCAACACAAAUUUUUUAUCGACAGUGAUAAUCGACCAAUGAAUAUUAGAUUGUAUAGUUCAAGGCCACAAUGGGCCGCAAACAAGUCGGCUAUGAUCCAAUUGAGACUUGAUCCGACUUGUCGAUACAAAAUCAGUAUACAACCGUCACUUGUCGGCGUUUUAUCACAGUUGGCACGAUUUUAUUCACCAUUGUUGAUUGUUAAUGUGGCAGCAGUGGUUUUAGUGGCCUUAAAUUCGCAAUUAAAAUCCCUAGAAGAGAAAAAUGACUGUUGUUUAUUAUUUACAGCAAUCAAAGAAGGUGCUAAACCUUAUUAUAUUUUGACAAGUGUCAAAUUAAUUUCACGUUUUUUGAGUACUAAACCGUUUGUCAGUUAUUUGCCGGCGCCUGAUUGGCUGAUAAUGUCAGAGGAGGGGACAGAUUUCUUUCUAUUGCCCCUCCUACUUUAUAUUUGCAGCGUCGGUAUUGUCUGGCUCUUGGGGAUUUUUUUGGCCGUUUCGUUGGUAGUAUGUGAAACGACUGUACAUAAACUCACUCUAAAGUUUUUGGCAAAAACUGUCAGUUUUACUGUCAGUUGGUCCGAUUAUAUAAUGUCAGCAUUACACAAACUGCCUUGCAUUGUUGCCACAUUUCUUAUUUGUCUUUGUAUGACAACAACUGGUAGUCUUGCACUUUGUGUCGGAAUGGUUUUUUAUUUUAUGAGGCUAACACAACUGUCACAAGAUUAUAUUGAGGAAUUAGUGUGGUAUUACGUGAAAAAAAUCGGUAAAAAACUUAAAAAAUCGCAAGAUAACUGUAGUAAUAAUAGUGGUGAAACACCCGGUCACAAUACUAUAUUUUUCCACGCCACUCUAUUCCUAUUGUGGUCCAUACUAACCGCCAUAAAUGUACCAUACGUGCUAACCUGGGCUCACAAUUUCAAGUAUAGCACCGCCCUCAAGCCAGACCCCGCCUUUUAUCCCGGGCUGGUUUUAAGCAUUUGUGCGUUGGCGCUGUGGCAAUUGGACGUGCCGAAAAUUGAAAGGAAAGGUUAUGUCAAGCUAAGCCAAUUGAUUAUAGUUUUGGCCGUCGCUAGCUUGAUUUAUGCACCGAUUUCAAUUUUUAGAUUAAAUUUCACACUGACUAGUGCAAUAGUCUUGGUUACUUUGCAUCAGUUGGUAGCACCGAAUCGGGAAAUACCCGAAGUUAGCCAAACCGAACAACCGAUUUCUUACGAAACGAUCAAAGCGAAACUUGAAUAAUUUAGAUGGUUCUAGUCAUGUGAUCUCUGCUUUUGUUUGUUUAUUUAUUCAAAUUUCCCGCGCCAUGUAGGGGACCAAAGAUGGCGGAAUGGGACUCUACACCAAAAAUCGUGAUUUUCUCGAACAAUUUUAUUAUUUACGUUGUGUUAGACACGAUUUGCUAAUAAAAUGCUGUAUUUUAAGCUUUAAAUGCCACAGUAUUUCAUUGUUUGUCUUUGGACUCAAAUAAAUCAAUUGUAACCUUAA